AUGGUAAAUAAAAGAAAUCAAAAAACCGAAAAAGAAAAGAUAACUGAAAUUAGAAAAGCAGCAAUAGAGGAAGUUAAAAAAUUAAAAAAAGAAGGCAAAAGUAUAACCACUAAUGCUGCGGAACCGAUUAAGUGGGGAAAUAUUGGUUUUAACGAUGGCUAUCAUGAAGAAUAUAAUCUAGAACGAUUAAUUCACACUAUUGCUCACGAAGUGGCACAUUGUCUAUUAGGCGAUUAUAAAACUUAUCUUUGGAACACAGAAGAAGUUAAGGAAUUAGCAAGACUACAAAAAAGGUAUAUUAAAGCAAAAGAACCUAAAUAG